AUGGCAAUUCAAAAUGUAGCCCUCAGAAGAGCAGCAAACCUCGGACCACCAUAUACAACAAGUGGCCAGCCUGGGUCAGUGGCGCCCCCAGAGGCCAUCCCUCGGGAGGUGGCGCCCCCAGAGACCCACCCAUGGGCGACGGUGCCCCCAAGGGUCCUCCCAGGGGUGGUGGUGCCCCCAGGGGCCUCCCAGAAGCGACGGCGAACCCAGGGGUGGCAGCGCCCCCAGGGGUCCUCUCUAUGGGUGGCAACGUCCCUAGAGGCCCUCUCAAAGGCGCGGUGCCCCCAAAGAACCCUCCCAAGGGCCCUGCCAGGGGCAGCUGCGCUCCCAGGGGCCCUGCCAGGAGUGGCAUCGCCCCCAGGUGCACAUUCAGGUAGAGCCCCAGUGGCCCUGCCAGGGGCUGUGGCCACCCAGGGGCUAUGGCGCUCUCAGGAGCCGUCCCAUUGGUUGCAGCACCCCCAGGGACCAUCCCAGGGGCGGCAGAGCCCCCCAGAGCCAUCCCAGGGGCAGAAGCACCCUAAUUCUCCUCCCAAAGGUGGCAGAGCUCCCAGGGGCCUUGCCAGAGGCUGUAGUACUCCCAUAGCCUCUUCCAGGGGCUGUGGUGCCCCCAGGGCCCCCUCAGAAGCGGCGGCGCCCUCAAGAGCCCUCCCAGAGGCAACGGCGCCCCCAGGGGCUCUCCCAAAGGUGCGGCGCUUCCAGGGGCAUUCCCAGGGGCAAUGGCGCACCCAGUGCCCCCGGAGCCCUCUCAGGGACAACGGCGCUCUGAGGGGCCCUGCCAGGGGAUGUGGAGUCCCAGGAGCCCUGGGAGGGUCGUUGGUGCCCCCAGGGGCCUUCCCAGGGGCGGUGGGGCUUUCAGGUGCCCUCCCAGAUGCUGAAGCGCUACUAGUGGCCUUCCCAAUGGAGGCAGCGCCCUCAGGGGACCUCUUUAGGUGUUGCUGGGACCCCAGGGAUUGCCAGGGUCUUCUGUCUUGUUACAUGCCCUCCGGCGGCAACGCUCCCAUGGGCCCUCCCAUUUGCCCUACCAGGUGCGGCGCCCUAAGGGGCCCUCGCAGGAACGUCGGCGCACCCAGUGGCCGUCCCAGGGGCGGCGACGCCCCCAAGGACCCUCCCUAG